AUGCUUGCAGCUGAAAUCAUCCUCCCCGAGGGGCCUGCAGAUGGCAAAAUCCUUGAGGGAGAUGUGUUGCUGCAAGUGAAUGGAGAGCUUUUGACUCAAUUUAUUCGUCUGGACGAUAUCCUGGACUCAAGUGUGGGCAAGACGGUCAAUCUACUGGUACAAAGAGGAGGAGAAAAUGUUGAAGUGGAAUGUGAGGUUGGCGACCUUCACGCCAUCUCCCCCGAUCGAUUUGUGACUGUGGCUGGAGGUACUUUCCAUGACCUUUCAUACCAGCAAUCUCGCCUCUAUGCCAUCGCCACUCGCGGUGUGUAUGUUUGUGAAGCGGCUGGUUCCUUCAAACUGGAGAACACGCUAUCGGGGUGGAUCAUUGACUCGGUUGACAAGCGUCCAACUCGGAACUUGAAUGAGUUUGUCGAGGUUAUGAAGACCAUUCCGGACCGCGCGCGGGUUGUCAUCUCAUAUCGUCAUAUUAGAGACCUCCACACCAAGGGGACGAGCAUCAUAUACGUCGACCGUCACUGGCACCCGAAGAUGCGUCUCGCUGUUCGUAAUGAUACAUCCGGUAUCUGGGACUUCUCAGAUCUCGCUGACCCGAUUCCGGCCGAGCCGCCUGUUCCCCGCAAGGCGGACUUCAUCCAGUUGGAUGGUGUGAGCCAGCCUGCUGCUGCAGAGAUUGUCCGCAGCUUCGUGCGAGUCUCUUGUACCAUGCCGUUGAAGCUCGAUGGAUAUCCUCAGGCUAAGAAGACUGGCUUCGGUCUGGUCAUCGAUGCCGAGAAGGGUCUGGUCGUGGUGUCGCGAGCGAUUGUCCCCUACGAUCUAUGCGACAUCAACAUCACAGUUGCCGAUUCGGUCAUCGUUAGCGCCAAGGUUGUCUUCCUGCAUCCGCUUCAAAACUAUACUAUCAUUCAAUAUGAUCCCAAGCUAGUGGAUGCGCCUGUCCAGAGCGCCCGACUCAGCACCGAUUAUAUCAAGCAGGGACAAGACACCAUCUUUGUCGGCUUCAACCAGAACUUCCGCAUCGUUGUGGCCAAGACAGCCGUCACCGAUAUUACCACUGUCUCGAUCCCCGCCAACGCUUCCGCUCCCCGCUACCGUGCCAUCAACCUUGAUGCCAUCACCGUUGAUACUGGACUGAGUGGACAAUGCACCAACGGUGUUCUAAUUGGGGAAGAUGGCGUGGUGCAGGCAUUGUGGCUUAAUUAUCUCGGCGAACGCACACCUAGCUCUCACAAGGAUGUCGAGUACCACCUUGGUUUCGCCACGCCGUCAUUGCUUCCCGUCACUUCCAAAAUUCAACAGGGUGUGACUCCAAAGCUGCGCAUCUUGAACAUGGAGAGCUAUGUCGUGCAAAUGAGCCAGGCACGCAUUAUGGGUGUCUCUGAGGAGUGGAUCCAGAAAGUCGCGCAAGCUAAUCCCUCGCGACACCAACUCUUCAUGGUGCGCAAAGUUGACUGCACGCCGGUGACUUUUACUACCACUGAGGGUAUCGACAGCUUCCAGGAAGCCGAUAUUAUUCUGACUUUGGAUGAUCAGCUCAUCACGCGCGUCUCGGAGCUCGACAUGAUGUAUGAGAAGGAAUUCCUGGAUGCCUUGAUCGUCCGAAACGGUCAGGAGAUGCGUAUCCGAGUCCCCACUGUUCCCACUGAAGACCUUGAGACUGACCGUGCUGUCGUUUUCUGCGGUGCUGUCCUGCAGAAGCCCCAUCACGCUGUACGGCAACAAAUUUCCAAGCUUCACAGUGAGAUUUACGUGAGCGCUAGAAGCCGUGGUUCUCCUGCGUACCACUAUGGUCUCGCCCCGACCAACUUCAUCACUGCUGUAAAUGGUGUCCCGACGCCCAAUCUGGAUAGCUUUGUUGAGCAAGUUGCUGGGAUUCCGGACAACACAUACUUCCGUCUUCGUGCCGUUACCUUUGACAACGUUCCAUGGGUAGUGACCAUGAAGAAAAACGAUCACUACUUCCCCAUGUCUGAGUAUCUUAAAGAUCCUUCUGUCCCUGCAGGCUGGCGCACCAUCUCCCACGACAAGUCAGCCGAUAAGCUCGGCAUCUCUUCCGACGCUGCGAAUCUGAACCCUGACGCCAUGGAUGAGGGUGCUGGGGGGGGCGCCAGUGAUAUGGAGCCCGACAUGGAGUAG